GAAAGCAGGCUUUCUCUCAUUCCCGCACGCUCCUUAAUUCCAAUACCGAUUAAUCACCCACAGAAGCUUAAUCCGUUGCACACCCGACACACACCAUGUCCUGGCUCCGCGGCAAAAAGUCUGUCAGCAACCUCAAGGCUUCUGAAGACCUUUCACGAGCGACCACACCCACACCCGAGAACCCCAAUGGCAAACAGGCAAAGCCGAGAUUUAGGUCGGGUUUGCUGACGAUUCGUGUGCUGUGGGCGGAGGGAUUGGCUUUGCCAGCUGGCGUGGCCGUCCCGACCGUUGUCAGUAACGCACUGUCAUCACAACAAGCCAAGGUUGCUGCCUCUGUCUCGCCCUCCAGCGUACACCAACAGCGACUCGCGAAGAAGUCCAAGGGGAACAGGGACAGCGUGCAGCGAACACAAUGCUGGUGGCUCCCCUACCUCGUCAUGGAAUACGAAGUCAAUCAAGUCCUCAUUACACCUUUGGGUGGUGAUCUGGAGAAGCCAUUGUACAUGUAUCAAGCCCAUUUCGAUGUCUCACGAAACUCGGAAAUCUCGUUGCAAUGUUACCUCCGAACGGAAGAGCCCAACUGUGCAGGUGACGGCCUCGCAGACAACCUCGGAAACGAUAUCUUCUUGGGUGGCAUCAAGUUCGUCCCCAACUUUGACGACUUGGGCAGCCAGGAUCAGUGGUAUGACUUUGUCGGAGGAUCUGGAAAGUUGCAGUUGGGCGUUUCGUACCAACCCAACUAUGGUCAAUCCCUCACCAUCGACGACUUCGAGUUGAUGACCGUCAUCGGCAAGGGCAGCUUCGGCAAGGUCAUGCAAGUUCGCAAACGCGACACGAGCCGGAUCUACGCACUGAAGACGAUCAGGAAGGCGCACAUUGUGUCCCGCAAUGAAAUUACACAUACCCUUGCUGAGCGUCUGGUGUUGGCUCAGGUCGACAGCCCAUUCAUCGUGCCCCUGAAAUUUAGCUUCCAGUCUGAACAGAAGCUCUACCUCGUCCUCGCCUUCGUAAACGGUGGUGAGCUGUUCCAUCAUCUCCAACGAGAACAUACCUUCAACGAGGAGCGGGCGCGGUUCUACAGCGCCGAGCUUCUCCUGGCGCUCGAACAUCUCCAUGAACUUGAUGUUGUUUAUCGUGAUCUGAAACCGGAGAACAUCCUCCUUGAUUAUACCGGCCACAUCGCCCUCUGUGACUUCGGAUUGUGCAAGCUGAACAUGAAGGAGAAUGAGAAGACGAAUACUUUCUGUGGAACACCUGAGUAUCUCGCUCCAGAGAUUCUGUCGGGCAAUGGCUAUGAUAAAUCCAUUGAUUGGUGGACUUUGGGUGUCCUGCUCUACGAGAUGAUCCACGGCCUCCCUCCAUUCUACGAUGAAAACACUGACAAGAUGUACGAGAAGAUCUUGAACAAGCCUCUCGAGUUUGGAGAUGAGUUCAGCGAAGAAGCAAGGAGCAUCUUGACCGGGCUGCUGAACCGUGAUCCCUCUCGCCGCCUCGGUGUUAAGGGAGCGGAGGACAUUAAGCGCCAUCCCUUCUUCCAUAAUCAUAUUGAUUUCAAGUUGUUGGCUCAAAAGAAGAUUCGUCCUCCGUUCAAGCCCAGCGUUGUGAGCCCUGUCGACGUAUCGAACUUUGAUACUGUCUUCACGGAAGAAGCGCCGAUUGACAGUUAUGUGGAGAAUUCAAAUCUGUCGUCGACUGUCCAGGCUCAGUUCUCUGGCUUCUCGUUCAACGGUACCAACCUUCCCUCUACUACCCCCUAA